AAGACUCGACCAUCUUUUGUAGAGGAUGUAAUGUCAGUAAUGAAAUUGCUGUAAAUUUAAGCUGCUCCCAACUCCCAAGUCUCAUGUACAAAAAAGAAAUUAGGAGUAACAGACUUGACCUCAUUUCGUGUCCGUAAACCUCAAAGAAAUUAGGAGUAACAGAGAUUGUUGAUCAGUCAACCGCAAAGAUGAGAAAGCGCGAUUUAGCCAUUCUUAUGCUUGCUGCUUUCGCCGUUUUCUUUUCUCUCCAGCAUGAAGGAGAUUUCUCAUUCAGAGAAACUUGGUUCCAUCUAUUGGAUGAUUAUCCUAUUAAAUUCGAAGCCGAACGUCUUCCUCCUCCUAUUGUUGCUGAUCUCAAUGGCGAUGGCAAGAUUGAAGUUCUUGUCGCUACUCACGAUUCUAAAAUUCAGGUGUUGGAGCCUCAUGCUAGACGUGUUGAUGAAGGAUUUAGUGAGGCACGUGUCCUUGCUGAGGUGACUUUGUUACCUGAUAAAGUCCGUGUUGCUUCUGGAAGACGUGCUGUAUCUAUGGCAACAGGAUUUAUUGAUCGGACUUAUCGACAAGGGCAGCCACGUAAGCAGGUAGUGGUAGUGGUGACAUCUGGAUGGUCCGUGAUGUGUUUUGACCAUAAUCUUAAGAAGUUAUGGGAAGUAAAUUUACAGGAAGAUUUUCCUCACAAUGCCCAUCACAGAGAGGUCGCGAUUUCAAUAAGUAAUUAUACAAUCAAGCAUGGAGAUACAGGGUUGGUUAUUGUUGGUGGAAGAAUGGAAAUGCAACCACAGAUUCUUUUGGAUCCUUUUGAAGAGUUGGAGAUGUCAAAGCAGAAUGCAGAACAGCAUAGGAGAAGUGCUGGUGAAACUGAGACUGUGGAGAACAGUGAAGUUGUGGAUUUGCGGCAUUUUGCAUUUUAUGCAUUUGCAGGAAGAAGUGGCCAACUCCGAUGGAAUAGAAAGAAUGAGAAAAUUGAAGAGCAAUCCUCCGAUGCAUCCAUGUUGAUUCCACAGCAUAACUACAAACUUGAUGUUCAUUCACUGCAUAGUCGUCAUCCUGGAGAGUUUGAGUGCAGGGAGUUUAGAGAAUCUAUACUUGGAGUGAUGCCACAUCAUUGGGAUCGGCGAGAAGAUACUUGUUUUGAGUUGGCCCAUUUCAGAAGGCACAAAAGAAAGACAAUAAAAAAGCUUUCUGGAAAAAAUGCUAAUUACCCUUUCCACAAACCUGAGGAACAUCAUCCUCCGGGAAAGGAUUCAACAAAAAAGAUCUCGAAGUUUAUUGGAAAAGCUGCACAGUAUGCUGGCUCAGCUAAAUCAAAAAAGGCAAUGCCAUAUGUACCCACAAUAACAAACUAUACACAACUUUGGUGGGUUCCAAAUGUUGUUGUGGCCCAUGAAAAAGAGGGCAUUGAAGCUCUUCAUUUAGCUACUGGUCGUACAGUUUGCAAGCUUCAUCUUCAAGAAGGUGGACUUCAUGCUGAUAUCAAUGGAGAUGGGGUGUUAGAUCACGUACAGGUGGUGGGUGCUAAUGGUGCGGAACGAACAGUUGUUAGUGGAUCUAUGGAGGUACUCAAGCCUUGCUGGGCCGUUGCUACGUCUGGUGUUCCAGUGCGAGAACAGCUAUUUAAUGCUUCUAUUUGUCAUCAUUAUUCUCCGUUCAACUUAUUUCAACAUGGUGAAUUCUCACGAGGUUUUGGUAGAGCUCAAGAUUUUAGUUCCUUGGAGGUUGCCACGCCAAUUCUCAUCCCGAGGAAUGAUGGUCAUCAUCAUCGGAAGGGAAGCCAUGGGGAUGUCAUCUUCUUAACAAGUAGAGGAGAGGUAACAUCAUACUCUCCUGGUGAACAUGGGCACGAGGCAGUCUGGCAAUGGCAGAUUCUGACAGGAGCGACCUGGUCUAAUCUACCUUCGCCCUCUGGAACAAUGGAAUCUGGUAAUGUGGUUCCUACGCUGAAGCCGUUUUCUCUGCGGGUUCAUGAUAAUCAGAAACUGAUUCUUGUUGCUGGAGAUCAAGAGGCUCUAGUUAUCGCUCCUGAUGGUAGCAUAAUGACAACACUUGAACUCCCCGCACCACCAACACAUACCUUGGUUUCUGCAGACUUCUCAAAUGAUGGGCUGAACGACCUCAUCCUUGUUACUGAAAAUGGGGUGUACGGAUUUGUUCAAUCCAGGCAGCCAGGUGCGCUCUUCUUUAGCACGUUAGUGGGCUGCCUGAUUAUCGUGAUGGGAGUAAUUUUUGUUACCCAGCAUUUGAACUCAGGGAACGGAAAACCUCGUCCUCCUAGGUGAUCGUUGAGGAUUUUAUUAUGAAACUUCGAAACAACUGCAAGUAAAAUCUUGAGUAGUUUUGCCCAAAACCAUGAGAGAGCAUUCACAAGUUUCUGGAGAGGAUACAAGGUUUUGUAGCUCGCUCUACAAUGAGAUAUCUCUGAGGGGCUCUGAUUGAGGAUUCCUCAAUCUUAUAUUGAACGUUGAGACAGUAUAAGUUAUACCUGUUUAAGACAUUUUCUUGUAAAUUAGCAGUUGUAGUUCUUUUUGUUAAAACCCUGUUUAUUGGGUGUGUAGUUUUUACUUGAACUAGUUUUGACUUGCCGGAAUUUCCUCUUGAGCUAUACUUUUUCUGUGAUAUACCAUUUGAAGAAGCAGGGCGGCGCAUAUUUUAAAUUUGCACAAAA